GGACCAGUGUGAAAAAGAACACUUCCUUUAAGAGAAACCCGCUCAUUUCAUCUUCCGGCAACGCACAGAGCAGCAUGGCAGCAGACAGCACAAUGCCUAAUGGCCAAGAAACGGCCUCCUUGAACGGAGAGCCUGCUUUCAAGCGACCUCGGGAGAAUGGACAGGUCGAGUCCCUGCGGACUCCGAAGGAACCUCGGAAUAAAGUAACCGUGGUCCUCGGUGCGCAAUGGGGAGACGAGGGAAAGGGGAAAGUGGUUGACCUGCUAGCAAUGGACGCAGACCUAGUAUGCAGGUGUCAGGGAGGCAACAACGCAGGCCACACGGUGGUGGUGGACUCUGUGGAGUAUGACUUUCACCUGCUGCCCAGUGGAGUGCUCAACAAGAAGGCUGUCUCAUUUAUUGGGAACGGGGUUGUGAUACACCUGCCUGGGCUCUUUGAGGAGGCUGAAAAGAACCUGCAGAAAGGCAAAGGACUGGAAGGAUGGGAGGAGCGGUUAAAGAUUUCUGACCGUGCACACAUUGUGUUCAACUUCCACCAAGCUGUUGAUGGGAUCCAGGAACAACAGAGACAGCUACAGGCGGGAAAGAAUUUGGGAACCACCAAAAAGGGCAUUGGACCUGCCUAUUCUUCCAAAGCUGCUCGUAAUGGACUGAGAGUCUGUGACCUUGUGUCUGAUUUUACCGUCUUUGAGGAGAAGUUCCGUGUGUUGGCAGAGCAUUUCUUGACUAUGUACCCCAACCUCAAUGUUGACAUUGACAAUGAGCUGCAGCAACUGAAGGAGUAUGCUGAGAGGUUGCGUCCACUUGUAACAGAUGGGGUGUACUUCAUGCACAAGGCCCUCACUGGGCACAGUAAGAAGAUCCUGGUGGAGGGAGCCAAUGCAGCCCUCCUGGACAUUGACUUUGGUACCUACCCAUUUGUCACGUCCUCUAACUGCACUGUUGGGGGAGUGUGCACUGGCCUGGGUGUGCCCCCGUCCUAUGUGGGGCGGGUGUAUGGUGUGGUCAAGGCCUAUACCACCCGGGUAGGCGUAGGAGCUUUCCCCACUGAGCAGGACAAUGAGGUUGGCAACUUGUUGCAGUCCAGAGGGAGGGAGUUUGGUGUGACGACGGACCGGCAGCGCCGCUGUGGCUGGCUGGACCUGAUUCUGGUCCGAUACGCCCACAUGGUCAACGGCUUCACUGCCAUCGCUCUGACCAAGCUUGACAUCCUGGACACGCUGUCAGAGAUCAAAGUCGGUGUAGCCUACUCUGUUGAUGAUGAGCCCCUUCCCAGUUUUCCUGCCAAUAUGGACGUGCUGACACGGGUGUCCGUGAAGUAUGAGACGUUACCUGGAUGGUGCUGCAGCACUGAGGAUGUGAGGUGCUUUGAGGAGCUGCCCCCUCAGGCACAAAGCUACAUCCGCUUCAUCGAGGACUUCUUGCAAGUGCCAGUGAAAUGGGUUGGAGUUGGGAAAUCCAGAGAGAGUAUGAUCAAGCUGUUCUGAUCAGUUGGGGGUUUGGUAACUUAUCCACCACAACAGCUGCUUCGGACCAUAACGAUGUUUUGUUGAUGAAUACUUAGAUGACUAUAAACCUUGGGUUAAAGUCCCAACGUCUGUUCUGCAGAAAAUAAAAACAUCACCAGCAACGUUGUUAGUGAAACGUGAAGUAACCGUUUGAGGUUCACUUUCACAUCGACUCUUCGGAACAGUAAUGCAUAACUUCCAUUCCAUAUAUUUCUUUAGUUCUGAUAUGAAAGGCAUUAUUGGUGUGUUAUGGCGUUCAUCCUCCGUAGCUAGUAACCAUCCCAGGCUUCCAUCAACCUUUUCAUUCCAUUUCAUUGAACUAUUGUAGUAACACAAGUUUUUACAACCCUGUAGGAGUUCGUAAUAUAUAUUUUUAGGUUUCUUUUAAAUUUUAAAAUGACCUCACCUUGUAGUAAAUGUUUUGCACAAUCUUUGCUUAAAUGUAUACUUGUGAAUUGUAUCUAGUUUCUCAGAGUCAGAUGAACUAGUGGAUACCAUUUGUAUGUCUGUGUCCGGUAUGAAGGAAGUUAGAGGUAGUUUCACGAGCCAAUGCUAACUAGCAUUAGCGCAAUGACAGGAAGUCUAUGGGUAUCUGCUUCAUUUGACUCUGGGGAAGUAGAUAACGGGCCUCAUUGCCAAAAUCCCUAAGUAUCCCUUUUAAGGGUCUUGAUACUAGACCAAUGUUUAGAGGCCUCGUAAUUAGGUAUUUCCAUGAGCUGGCAUGUUGUGUGAAUGAAUUAUAGGCAUAAUUUGAGAUGCAAAAGAGAUGCUGUCUGAAAGCCUUAGUUUCAUAUUAAUCAUUAAGAUCAAGAACUUGGGAUUGCACACGAACACACUGGUUGGUAUUUAGAAAAUGUAGAAAACCAUGGAACUCCACAUUAAUAAUGUAUAUACAAACUACAAAUAUUUUCCAUAACAUUUCAUUCAGUGUAAUUCAAAAAGGAAACAGUAUGCUUCUUCUCACCUGCUACAACCCGAAAAUGAUCAAUAAAAUAAGUGUCAUUGCUA